UCUUCCUUGCCCUGUUGUUUAAGGUUACAGGUUCUCAUCUGGUGUACAAGGAAAGCGACUACCUUCGUCGAUCUCUUUCAUCAAUUCUCGAUCCAUGUCGUUCCUUUUCUUUAAGAAACGGAACCCGUUUUCUCUCACAGCUACCUGAAAACUGUCAAGGAACGCUCCUGAUUUCUCUCCCUAUAAUUUCCGUGGUACGCCAUGGACGAUACCUUCUUCGAUCUCAUGGAGUUCCUCAAGAAACCCUCCAUAACCGAGACAUUCGUCGACAUUCUUCUCUGCGCGGUUCCAAUCUGGCUUGCCGUCAUGAUCGGCCUCGUGAUCGGCUGGUCCUGGCGCCCCAGGUGGACUGGCUUAGUAUUCCUUGGCCUCCGCAGCAAGCUCCGGUUCCUCUGGACUGCGCCCCCCGGCUUUGGCGCCCGACGCCUCUGGCUCGCCUUCACUGCUCUCUCGGCCUUUUCCGUCUGUCGCACAGUUUGGUCUAAUUUCAGAAGCAAGGCCUCCAAAUCUGCUCCCUCUACCGCAUCGACGCCGUCUGAAGGACCAAUUUCUGAGGCCAGCCCUAUCAAUAAAACAACAGCGACAGAGCAGGAUAUUGUCACAGAGGACGAUUUAAAUCACCUAUUGCACCUGCUUGAUGGAAGAGAUGGAGAGAUGGAAUGGCAAUUCUUGAUGGAAAGAUCUACCCCGAAUAUGGCAUACCAAGCUUGGCGUCAUGAGCCGGAGAUUGGCCCUGCUGUUUAUCGCAGCAGAACUGUCUUUGAAGAUGCAACUCCCGAGGUGGUUAGAGAUUUUUUCUGGGAUGAUGAGUUUCGACCUAAAUGGGAUCCCAUGCUUGCAUACUUCAAAACUCUGGAGGAAUGCCCUAGUACAGGGACAAUGGUUGUCCACUGGAUAAAAAAGUUUCCCUUUUUCUGCAGUGAUCGGGAAUAUAUAAUUGGAAGAAGAAUAUGGGAGGCGGGAAGGACAUAUUACUGUGUGACAAAGGUGGUCAACCGUACAGGUUUGCCCAAGCGUGACAAGCCAAGGCGCGUUGAGCUUUAUUUUUCAAGUUGGGUAAUCAAGGCCGUUGAGUCUCGGAAAGGAGAUGGAGUACAAUCUGCUUGUGAGGUUACUCUUGUCCAUUAUGAAGACAUGGGAAUCCCAAAAGAUGUGGCAAAGUUGGGGGUACGGCAUGGGAUGUGGGGAGCUGUCAAGAAGUUAAACUCUGGACUGAGAGCAUACCAGAAUGCAAAGAAAUCAGAGUCAUCAUCAUUGUCCAGAAGCGCUGCUAUGGCAAGAAUCACCACAAAAAUUUCUUCUGAAGGUAACACAGAUUCAUUAGAGCCCAUUUAUGGAGAAGAAGGAAAAGGUCAAAUUUUUGACAGAAAAAGAAAGAAAGAUCACGGCGUUGAUUGGAAAUGGAUAGUUAUAGGUGGAGUUGCUCUUGUUUGCGGACUUCAUUCUGGUGCGAUUGGAAAAGCUUUGUUAGUUGGAGCUGGGCAAAGAAUUGCCAGAAGAUGAGAAUUUUCCUGCAGAGAGAUUUGUAUUUUUAUCAACUAUUUGUAAAAUUGUAUUCGGAUACUGAUGCAGCGAUUGUUGUUAGUAAGGUUAAUCAAAAUACUUAAAUGAUUUUUGUUCCUUUUUCUUGUUUCUUUUGCUUUAGUUGAAUAUCCUUGGAAACUCUUUGUUAAUACUAAAGGUUAAUCACAGUA